AUGUCAUCAUGCAUAUUCAUCACUGAUGAGAAUUUGGAACCAUUAAUAUCAAAGAAUAUCAAAGCUAUACCGAACCUUCAAGGAAUUUUAAGAUUAUUCAAGAGUGUUUACACGCCGGAAUCGCAGCCCGUUAUCUCGGCAAGCAGCUUCCAUUUCGUUCAUAUCAAACGUAGCUCACUUCUCUAUGUGUCAGUUAUCCAUGCUUAUGAUGCCAGUGCCAAUGUCAUGCUAAUUGCCACCUUUCUGGAUCAGUUUCAUUCACUACUCAAGAAAUACCUCGCUGUCUCAGCCCUAGAUAAGAACAUGGUUCUCGAUAAUGUGUUACUUAUUAUGGAGUUAAUUGAUGAAAGUAUUGAUUUUGGUGUUAUACAGAUUACAGAUGCAAGUAUAAUGAGGGAUUACAUCAGAGUUAAAGUGAACAUGCCCGAAAACAAGACAAUUGAUGAUUUGAGUUUAGGUGAUAGUGACACUGAUGAAGAGGACAACAAGAAGACAAAAAGACGCAGUGGUAAACCUAACUUGUACAAAUUCCUACGUGGGGCCAAAGAUGGCACCCACAAAGCUGAGCAUACUGACACAGCAGCCAAGGAAGAUGAUGUCGAAGACUCAUAUAACAGUUAUAUCGCGAAAGCGACUAUCAUGCCCGUUUCUUGGAGAGCGAAAGGUAUACAUUAUGCUCGAAAUGAGUUCUUUUUAGAUGUGGUGGAACAAGUACAAUACCUGAUGGAUUUCAACAGCGGCAUAAUUAAGAAGAAUCUCAUUCACGGCAAAAUAAUCUGCAAAUCUUAUUUAUCUGGUAUGCCCAAACUGAAAAUUGCAUUCAACAAACUAUCUCAGAAGGACGAACAAUUUAUAUCACACUCAAAAUUUCAUCAAUGCGUAACAUGGCCAUCCUCGAAUGAAAAAGAGAUAGAAUUCAUACCACCUGAUGGUGAUUUCGUGCUAUGUCAAUACGAACUUAAAAGGCAUGUCAAAGAUCAGCCGAUGUUAAAGCUCGUAUCAUUCGGUGUGAAGCCCAAGCUUAAGAAAUAUAAGAUACAAAUGUCUUGUACAAUUGAAACUCAUUUCAAAGCUCGAAAUUCGACGUCAACGUUAAACCUUAAAAUUCCUCUGGCCCGAUUGUUUCAGGAGUAUCAAAUUGAUUUAAAAAAACCUGCCAGAUUCAAAAGCGAUUCAGGAAAGGUCUUAUUCAACAUCAGUGACGAUUUCCUGCUAUGGGACAUAGAAGUCAUGAAGGGAGGUCAUGGAGACACCCAACUCUCCAUGGCAGCGGAAUUCUCGUUGUUCAAUAAAAAAGAAUUUGAGGAAGAACAAGAGGAGUUGAAGAAUUCAAUGAAUCCACCGCCUCUGAGAGAUGGUCCAAAAUUGGAAGAAUUGUAUGACCAGGUUCAUAAUGAAAAAGGUCCCUCAAAAAUGGCAUCACGGCUACUCUCCAUGAAGUUUGAGAUUCCGUACAGUACCUGUAGUGGUCUUCAAGUUGAGUAUCUUAAAAUUGAUGAAGAGCAAUUGCAAUAUCAAUCUUUUCCAUGGGUAAGAUACAAGACAGUCAAUGAUGAAGAAUAUGGAUAUUAUGUUUGA